AUGGCAAAUUAUUGGCUCAUCUGUUUUCCCUUGCCAAGGACUGUGAUUAGAAAGAUUGAUGUCAUAUACCGUUCUUUUCUUUGGUCUGGUAUUGUCUCCAUGAGCAGGAAGAGCCCUGUAGCUUGGACAAAUGUGUGUAAGCAUGUCAAGGAAGGUGGCCUUGGUGUGGUAGAUCUACUGACUUGGAAUAAGUGUUAUAUGCUGAAAUUGUUAUGGAACAUCUGUAACAAAAGUGGUAACCUUUGGGUAAAAUGGGUGCAUACUUACUAUCUCGAGAAAACAAAUAUUAUGGAUGUCAAGCCUAAAGUUAAUAGUACUUGGAUUAUGCGUGGUAUCCUGGAGCAAGUGGGGUUCAUUGGCCCUAAUGUUGCAGUUUGGAAUACCAUGAGGGCUAAAGGCAAAAUUCGAAUGAAAAGCAUUUACAAUAUUUUAAAGCCAGGGGCAGACAAGAGUUGGCAUAGAUUGAUGAAGAAUAACUUGGCUAGGCCUAGAGCCAUUAUUAUUCUUUGGUUAGCAUGUCACAUGAAGUUAGCUACCAAGAGUAGAUUGGUUAUAUUUGACCUUAUGACUAACAGUGAAUGUGGCUUAUGCAAUAAAGAGGAGACCAUUCAAUAUAUGUUCUUUGAGUGUGAAGAGAUUAAAAAUAUUUGGAGCAGAAUUCUUCAACGGAUCCAAGUUAAUCAUACUCCUAAAAUAUGGGAUGAAGAAAUUGCACCAGCUGAAACUAUAUAUGGUGCUUGGAAUUUCAGAAAUGGGGUUUGUUUUGGUAAAAUCAUGGAUAGAGAGAUUGCUGUUCAGGACAUUAUCUCAAGAUUGUUUUUAGAGGGUGGUUUAGUAAGAUUCUUAAGCCAUAUAUUGUUAGAUUAA